AUUCAGUUUAGCAUAAUAUAAUCAAACCAGUGUGGAUUAUGAUAAAUAAAAAAUUAAAGAAUUGAAAAGACAUUAAUGCUUUUAUUGAUGUUGAGAAUAAAAGAAAUAAUGUAUAAAAUCAUGUAAAACUUUAGAGUAAAUGAAAAAAGAAAGUGAAAAAGAUUUUCAAGCUAAAGUAAAUAUACCUCAAACAUGUAAAGCCUUAAAAGGAUGAUGACCUAUCCGGUUUUGGUUUCUUGAAAUUAUUAAAAAAAGAAUAAAAACAAGGGCAUUUAGAAUAAAUCAUAUAGGUUUAAUGGAACCUUUAAAAAAGGUAUUUAUUACAAAUAAUUAAUAAUAAUUAAUUUGCGAUGAACAACAAGGCAUAAUUCUCUAAACAAACUUUAGAAUUAGCUCAAUAAUAUGCUUAAUAACUAACGAUAAAGAUGUAAAUUUAUUUUCAUAUCAAAAGAUAAAGUCUGAGGAAUAAAAUGAUGAAGAAAUAUAAAUAAUAGAAAAUAGAAGAGGAUUAAUAAGAAGAAUAGUUGAAAUCACACUAGUAAUAGGAUGAUCUAUAUGAUUAGUUAUUCAAACAGAUCUUAAUGCUGCAAUGAACCAGAUUAGAGAAGCCCUCAAGUAGAAAGAUUACUAUUAAAUGAAUUGAAAAAGCAUCUUUGCAUAUAUUAUGGAUACAAUUCAGAUUUGAUUGUCUCAUUUUUCAUUUAUGCUUAAACCAGCAGAAUUGGUAGCAUUCUUAGAUGCGAAUGAAUUCCAAGGCCAAUCACUAUUA